GAUUAGCUUAGACACUGAGCGAGAGCAAGCGAGCCAGAGAGAGAGUGACCAAAGUAUGACGAGCGUGAGUGGGUGUGGGUCGGUGAGUCUGAUUACUAACCGCAGUGCGUUUCUCGGAAACGGACUUCAACACCGUGCCGUUUUUCUGAAGCCAUGGUCUUCUUCGUCUUCGCUUCAGUCUCGGUCCUUGGUCGUCGAAUCCAAAACCAAAACCAGCAGCGAAGACCGAAUCGCCCGCCAUUCUCGUAUCCGUAAGAAGGUUAACGGUACAACAGAGAGGCCGAGGCUCUGCGUUUUCCGUUCAAACAAGCAUCUUUAUGUUCAAGUGAUUGAUGAUAGUAAGAUGCACACCUUAGCUUCAGCCUCAACUAAGCAGAAACCUAUCUCUGAAGAGUUUGACUACACCUCUGGACCAACCAUUGAGGUAGCAAAGAAAGUUGGGGAAGUGAUAGCAAAAUCUUGCUUGGAGAAAGGUAUCACAAAGGUAGCCUUUGACCGUGGUGGUUACCCUUACCAUGGACGUAUUGAGGCUCUUGCUGCUGCAGCACGCGAACACGGUCUUCAGUUUUAACCCUCCGUUUUUCUUUCCUUCUUUCGUUUUCGAGGAACCGCGCCUAUGAAUGUAGAGAACCCAUUUCCCCUCAAUUGCAAAUGUUGAAUUUUUUUCUAUAAUUUUGAUAUAGCCUAAACCAAAGGCCCUGAAGAACAAA